AUGGCAGCAGCUGGGGGUGAUGCUGGAGAAAGAGGAGUUGUGGGGAAAGGAGAGAUGGGGACACAUGCAGGGGCACAUCUAGAGGUCCUUCGUACCCAUGUGAUGGUGCGUGUCGGAGGGGGCUGGGACACAUUAGAGCACUAUUUGGACAAGCAUGACCCGUGCCGUUGUGCUGCUUUCGCCCACCGCUACCAUCAGGCUAAAGCUAGUGGCCAAGGUCAGGGAGCCCAGAGCAAGUCCUCGAGCGCCCACUCCUCCCGCUCCACCAGCCCGGGUCCACACUGGCGAAAUGAUGGCAUCGCACCCUAUAAACCUUCUGACAGGCGGUCCCUGGAGCCCCACUCUGCUCAGUGUGCCUCGUCAUCUUCCUCUGCACGACCAGGCCGACCUCAGAACUCUUUAGAGCUCGACUCUGGCGCAGCACGUAGUCUUCUCCCAAAGCCGCCAAGAGAUCGCUCAGAGCCCCGCCACUUUAAUCCUCUCAG